AUGUGCAGGGAGGAGGCCAAGGAGGCCGCGGCCCGCUUCGAUGACUACAAAGCUGCUGGCGCCACUCGGGUGGUCGCACUGGUGAAAGAGGACUUGGAGAAGGAGGUCGAAGAGUUCCAACGCGAUUAUUGGACUGGAGAAGUGCUCAUGGACAAGGAAAACAACUUUUACAAAGCCUUGGGCGGCGGUGAUGUGUGGCAGCCGGUGGGUAUUUUGGGCUUCCUGGCGGUCAUGCUCAAUCCGUGGAGCACAAGCAAGUUGAAAGCCAACAUCAAGCGCAACCAAGCGAAGAAGGUGCCCGGAAACAUGGUGGGUGAAGGCUUCAUCGCUGGCGGCUGCUAUGUUUUGAACAAGUCAGGCGAUCCGGUUUUCUCCCACCUCGAAGAGAACUUUGGGGACCAUGCCAAGCCAGAGGACGUUAUCCAAGCCUUGAAGAGUGCCGUCUAG